CUAACUACUACAACCACCAUUGCCAUUACCACUACUUUCUUCACCACCACAAAUACCAAUACCACCACCACCACCAUUACCCUUGCCACAACCACCACCAUCGCCACUACUACCACCACCAUCGCCAAUACCACCACUGCCGUCGUUCUACUGCUGUACUCCCGCUGCCCGCUGUAUCCCAUUGACAAAGGAUCGCUUCCGCUAGGCCCUCCGCCUCCACCCCCACGGAAUGUGUCGAUUAAGAAGGUUUCGGAUGGGUUGGAUGGCUACGUUAUCUCCUGGCUGCCCCCUCUUGACACGAACAUUCCCGUCGCCUACUAUGACAUCGAAUAUCGAACAGAUGGAUCAUGGAAGAAGCUCAAUGAUGAUCAUAUUGUUGGAGAAACUUCCUACAGAGUCAAGAAGCUUCAGUCGGGAAAGAAAUACUACUUCCGUGUAUUUUCCAAGACUCUCAGCAGUUAUGCUCCAUCAAGCGAGGUUAUGUUCACUGCUCCUGUACAUAACAAAGAAAAAGCAAUAACUGCAGCUCUAGUAGGUGGAAUACUCUUCUUCAUAGUGGCUAUCAUAUUAUCCGUUUGCACAGUUAAAAUAUGUAACAAACACAAGAGGAGGAAGCAGGAGAAAGAACUACAAUCACAUAUUUUCUAUGAUACAGCCUACAAUGCAGUGGCCUGUCGGGUUACUGAGUCCAGAAAUGGUGGUCAUGGCUCCAGCCCCGUGCCUCUGAAAAAGUUACUACGGUGCGGGAUACCAGGUUUAAGAUGGGAGUGGGCAUGGGUGGCAGGCGUCCUACUUGGAGGCAGACUCUUAGAUUCAACAGACAGCAGGCCCUUAGACACUAGUGCAGCAACUCAGGAUAUUAGCUGUGCAGGGCAAGACACAGUUGGAGAGACUGCAGAUGAUGAUUAUCGUGAAUAUGGUGUGCAACGUGGACGGCAAUUCCCACGAGAUGUCCGAUACUCUGUUGAGCUUGAGUACUCCCAACCCCUUAGUUGGAUAUCCCGCACUACUGAUGGUCGUUUUGUGCUGGACAAAGACAGUGAAGAAGGUGGUUUUACAUCACCAAGACGACCUACUCGGGGUGUUGGGGGAAUACCUAUUGGUGGAGAUCAGGGGCAGGUUUCUUCUAGAUGGGUUAGAGAUGAAGUGGGGGUAGAGAGUGGUGUUUAUCAUGUACGUGCUGGCACAGCUAGUCGCCUCCAUCACCGUCAGCCCCUUCCUCCUCGUCUUAGUUUACGUUCAGAUGGCUCUGGUGCCAGCACACAUGAAGAACCAUGGCCAGCAAGUACUCAAAUUGAUCAAUCCAGUGGCAGAUGGGAUGCACCUGAUUCACAAAUACCUCCUGUAUCUCCUGAGUUUGGCCGGCAUGUUAUACCAGAAAGCCCUGGUGAUAUCGUCUGGUCUCCACGCUCCAGACGUUUUAGAGCAUCUUCCCCAGGGCCUUUAAGUUCAGAAUGGAGUCAGUUAGCUCAAUUAGCAUCAUUUAGUGAGGUGAGCAGUGUUCAGCAACCAUCUAGUGUGGAACGUUCAUUUCCCUCUACUGUACUUUCAUCCUUUCCUAAUUCAGCACAAGGAACACCAUCUGCCCAUGGUAUCUCAGCUACUAUGACACCACCUCACGGAGAUGCUUUACGAGUACUUCAUCAUCGUUAUACCCGUCAGCUACCACCACUGUCCACCUCUCAGUUACACCCAGGUCGCCUUUUAGUAGGAGCACAAGUUCAUUCUCCUCCAACACGUUUACACCCACAAUUACAGGCCUGGGCAGCACCUCCACAUCCUUCACUGGACUCUGCCUGGAUUACCCCUCACCGCCCCACACAUGUAUGGCCCACAACCCGCCCAGUGAGCCAUCCUUCACAUCAAACUGGUCGACCAGAGCUGACAGUGUUGGAGUCUGGCCAGCAUGUACAUUCACCACCACUGGUAAGGGAAGACCCUGUGGUGCGGGAGGCACUUGGUCAUAUCCAGCCUCCACGCAUACCAGACAUCCCACGCCAUUAUGUUAACCUUCCUCCGAGACGUGACGCUUAUCAACGAAUACUGGGGCGGGACCCCCCCUAUUUGCUCAAACCUUCUUCCUCGGAGAAUCAAAAGCCGCUGGCCACAAGCUCGCCCCCCCGCCCACGUGCUAUUCAGGACCAGCAAAGGGCCCAGGGGUUGCCCAGGCCACGACCGCUGCCUCCCCCACCCCCUUCCAGUACAAAGACCAGAGUACCUGACCCUUUGCCUAGAGCAGUGGGUAGGACGCGAGAUAGUGAUUCUAGUAGUGACCAGCCUGUGACAUACACUCGUGAACGUUUGCAGGAGGCCAUUGGGCGGGUACGUAGUGGCCUUUUUGGAGAGGCACCACUAACGAGUAGUGCCCCAGAACUAAGCUCUGCAGGGCGAUCAGAGACUAGACUUACAUCUAGCCGCCAUCCCACAAGGCACACUGGUGGUAUUAGUGCUCCAGAAAGUCGUGAGCAAUCACACGAACAAUCUCAAGAGCAGUCCCCUGACUCUUCUAGUGGGUUUGGUAGUAAAAAUACAUCUCAGCAGCAAAGUUCGUCACAGUCAGGACAGUCAUUGUCAGCAUUAGGCCUUGAUUCCUCACGUCUUGAAGCCUCAGAAGUCACAGAAACCACGGAAGCCCCGGAUCUACCACCACCAGCUCCACCUGCCUGGCUCUUGGCAGCUCCUCGCAGUCGCCCUACACCUUGGCUACGUCCACCACAUCCCCCCCCAUAUGAGGAGUGGGCAGCACGUCAAGUAUUGCCACAGUUUCGUAUGCCUUCUCUCACAGGACCACGCCAUUCAGGUAUAAAGGCAGGUAUGGCUGGGCGACGACAGCGGCUUGUAUCAGCAGGAUUAGAUGCUAGUGUGGAUUCUGGUAAUAUAGUUAUGGUAUCUCCACGACCUCCACCCAUCACCAUACCUGUGACUGCACAGCAGCCACUUGAUAUAAGUGUGGAUGACCACUACGAAUUUGACACAGUGUUGAGUCCCACACCUGGGGAGGAUGCAGCUGCUGAGUGGUCAAGAACCCGUGUUCCAUCAGGCGAGCGUGGCCUCAGCGACUCUGAGAUCUACGGGUCAGGUGGGCGGCGGCGCCACGAGUCGAUGGAGGCACGUGUUGCUGCAAUGAAACAGGAAUUUAACGAAUACAGACGAAGACAGGCACGUCGCCGACGCAGUAGGGAACUGGAAAGUGUGUGUUAAUGGGAAGUGAAUCAGAACUACAAGCAACUAUUGUUGCAAACAAUGCACGAGUGAAAAACACAGCCCCAUUAUAGUGUAAGUGUAUAAUGAAGUAACAUUCAGUGAUGAGUCUUUCAAGUGUGGAGAGUCAGGUAAGGCUCGCUAGGCGCCGCAGCCAUAACCAGUAAUACUCACUAUAGUGACGCUGCAGAUGCUGCGUCCCAAGAACUGUGCAAAUUGUUGAAUUUUAUAUAUUCCUAUUGGAUCUCUGUUUAAAAAAAUUCUCUUAACUUUGUAUUGUAGUUAGAGAAGCCCUUUCAUGUGAUAACUACAAUGCCCAUAUGACACGUUCAAGCAAAGUAUGAAGCACAAUUUCUCUGUCUUCACUGCAUCACCUUCACUCUUGGGAACAAUCACACUGUAACCUUUAGAAGGAACUUGUCAUUCUUCCAGGUCAACAUAUAUUUGUACUCUUUCUUUUGUCUUCUCUUAUUUUUAUUUUGGCUCAUAUUACAGUAGUUACAAGCCUGUUUUUAAAUACUCGUACUAAAUGGCUUCUGUAAAGUAUAUACUGUAUAUCCCAAUCACUAUACCAUGUCCAUUUCCUAGAGGUGCUCCAUAAUUGGUUCUCAGCAUAUUUCUGUGUCUUCAAUUGGCUUAAUGUGUUCUUAUUGCUUAAUAUCUGGCAAUGAAGUUAUUUAUCUCAUAUAUUCAAAUUUGUUAUGUAUAAAUGUGUAUACUAAAUAUAUAUAUUUUUUAAAUCUUGGGCCAUUCUCUACCAGGGUGGGGUGACCCAAAGAAAAUAUUCACCACUCACUCUAGCUGCCAUACCAGAAAGACAUCACAACAUGUUUAAUAUAUGUGCAUAUUUAUUAUGAAUAAAAUAUUUUCAUUGGUUUUCUAUACUGAAAAUGAAUAAAUUACUUUACAGAAAAAAACAUUCAGAUAAGGAAAUUAACAAGAUUCAAAGGAAUUAAUAUAUAACUUAUGAAGUGACGACAUUCAAUUUGAAGAAUGGGAAGAAAAAUUAUUGGUUCUAAAUAUGCACAAGUCUUAAGUUCAGUCAGU